AUGUUCAACUCUGAAUACAGAGGCACCUUAGCCACCGCGGGACCCCUGCAGGCGUGCAGGAGCCAGCCAGUCGCGCAGGCGCAGGGCCGGAGCGGGAAUCCGCCCCGCCUUCCCCGGGCCCCGCCCUCCCUGCUUCAGUUCCGGGUCCUGUCAGUAGGGGCGGCCGCGGUCUCGGCAGCGGCCAAAGCCGCGAAGCUGCGCGGCCCGGGUUUCCAGCCGGGCCUCUUUCCCGGCCGGGCCCCAGCAUGGCUGCCCCCAGGGCUGCGGGUCGGGACGGUGCCGCGUUGUCGCGUUCCUGACGGCCCCUGGCGUCUGUGCUCUCCUUCUCUUCCCCAGGCCACUCCAGCAGACAUGUUUGCCAAGGCCUUUCGGGUCAAGUCCAACACGGCCAUCAAGGGGUCGGACAGGAGAAAGCUUCGGGCUGAUGUGAUGGCUGCUUUCCCCACUCUAGGAACAGAUCAGGUCUCUGUGUUGGUACCUGGAAAGGAGGAGCUCAACAUUGUGAAACUGUAUGCUCACAGAGGGGAUGCAGUGACCGUGUACGUGAGCGGUGGUAACCCCAUCCUGUUCGAAGUGGAGAAAAAUCUGUAUCCGACAGUGCAUGCCUUGUGGUCCUAUCCUGACCUUCUCCCAGCUUUCACGACGUGGCCUCCGGUGCUUGAAAAACUGAUGGGGGGAGCAGAUUUGAUGCUGCCAGGACUCGUGGUGCCCCCUGCUGGCCUGCCUCAGGUACAGAAGGGUGACCUCUGUGCCAUUGCCUUGCUGGGGAACAGGUACUGU